UCUCGAUGUUUUUGUUUCUAUUUCCUCGCCGUCGCUUUCAGUCGUUUCGUUGAAUAGCGCGAUCGGCUGCGGGAGUUUGCGUUAUUGCGGGGUUAGGGUUUGUUUCCUCGUUGGGAUCAGGCAAAGCAAGCUUCGAGGACUUCUCUUCGAUCUGAUUGGCUGGAGGAGUCGGCGCAAUUCGAUUGGAGUAGGCAGUCGACAGCGCCGUUUUCGGCAGUCCGUGUGAUUUUGUUUGCAAGCUUAGACGAAUAAUGGAAUCGCAUCCCGGUGUUCCAAGUACACCAGGUUCGAGCAUGGAACAGGAGCUGUGGGCCGCAGCCAGUCUUCGACCAGACGAGAACCAGAAUUAUCUCCAGGGUGCUCCAUCAAUGAUGGGCGAGUAUCUCGCACCCCAGACUCAGCUGGAGUUUGGACAUUCAAGUGUCUAUGCAAUGUAUCCAUCAGCAGAUCCUUAUUUUACUGGCCUAUUAGCUCCUUAUGGCACUCAAGCAAUGGUAAUUAAGUCCCUUGGCAAUUGGAUUGGAUGUUGUUCAUUUCAUCUACUUUUUCUAUUGAAUGUUCUUCUACAGCUUCAUCCUCAUCAGAUCAUCGGAAUGCCUCACUCUCGCUUGCCUUUACCUCUGAACAUGGCAAGGGAACCAAUUUAUGUUAAUGCUAAGCAGUAUCACGGUAUUCUCAGGCGAAGACAGUCCCGGGCGAAGGCUGAACUUGAGAAAAAAGCCAUAAGAGCUCGAAAGCCGUAUCUGCAUGAGUCCCGUCAUCAACAUGCAGUGAGGAGAGCUAGGGGCUGCGGAGGUCGUUUCCUAAAUUCCAAGAAUGCUGAUCAAAGCGACGACGCACAGGAAGCUCUCAAUUCUCGAGCAUCGCAUGAUCGCCCAGGUGAAAGAGGGAAGGAUGACAAAUGACGAUGUCAGUAGAGCAGAGGGAUUGACAGAGUGAAGGUCCAGGUGUAAAUGAAGCUGCUGCUAUCUUCAGAGUUUGUAGAUCGAUGGUUGCCUACUUGAUUAGGCGAGUGGAUUAGGGUUUGUCCUCUUGCCACUUUUGUUAAUGUACAUGCCAACUCUUAAAAUUAAUUAUCAGUUUCAGUUUUAUUUAAUUUUAAUAAAAAAAUUGCAGUUUUUUUUUCC